AUCAUAAGUUUUGUACGUCUAUUGAAUGCAACUGAAGCUGUUCUCUUUAUUGCGAUAAUUUUGGAAGUUCGCGCAGUGUAGUGAAAGAAGUGCACAUGUUUUUAUACAAAUGGGAGUUAAAUAAGAUAUUAUUGGGGUGCAAUUCAUUAGCGCCAUAAUAAUUGAUUCAUUACUUGAGUACGUAGUCUUUAGAGCGUUGACUAUCAUGACAGACACAAGACGAAGAGUAAAGCUUUACGCUCUGAAUGCUGACCGGCAGUGGGACGACAGAGGUACAGGUCACGUAUCAUCAUGCUAUGUGGAGAGACUCAAAGGCACAUCUUUGCUAGUGAGAGCAGAGUCAGAUGGUUCUCUCCUACUGGAGAGUAAAAUACAACCAGAUACAGCAUACCAGAAACAGCAGGACACACUAAUAGUUUGGUCAGAAGGAGACAACUUUGAUUUAGCAUUAAGUUUUCAAGAGAAAGCAGGCUGCGAUGAGAUAUGGGAAAAGAUUUGUCAGGUCCAAGGAAAAGAUCCUUCAGUUGAAAUCACACAAGAUAUUGUUGAAGAGUCAGAAGAUGAGCGCUUUGAUGAAAUGUCAGAUAGUGUACAACCAGUGGAGUUGCCAGCCUGUGAAAUGGGCCGUCUGGAAGACAUCAGUGAGCUAGUGAACAGCUGUUUAGUCUCACCAGCACGAAAAGAUAAACUUGCAGCAGCAUUGGAGAGCCAACACUACAUAAAAAAACUACUUAACCUCUUCCACAUGUGUGAGGACAUCGAAAACAUUGAAGGAUUGCAUCAUCUCUAUGAAAUCUUUAAAAGUAUUUUUCUUCUCAACAAAAACACACUAUUUGACACAAUGUUUGCUGAUGACACCAUAUUUGAUGUGGUCGGUUGUCUUGAAUAUGAUCCCAGCCUGCCACAGCCUAAGAAACACAGAGAGUAUCUAAGGGAGUUAGCCAAAUUCCGUGAGGCUAUUCCUAUUAAGAACCAAGAUCUCCUAGCUAAGAUACAUCAGACAUACAGAGUGCAAUACAUCCAGGACAUUGUACUGCCUACACCAACAGUUUUUGAGGAUAAUCUGCUAAGCACAUUAUCUAGUUUUAUAUUUUUCAAUAAAGUAGAAAUAGUUAAACUUAUAGAAGAGGACGAAAAGUUUUUAACUGAUCUGUUCAAAUUGCUUAUUGAUGAGAAGACACCGGACACAAAGAGAAGGGACUUAGUUCUAUUUUUAAAGGAGUUUUGUAAUUUUUCACAAAAUCUACAGCCACAGGAUAAGGAUGUGUUUUAUAAGACCCUAGUUUCAUUGGGUAUCCUGCCAGCCUUAGAAAUUACAUUAAGUAUAGAUGAUCAGAAGACCAAGACUGCAUCUAUAGAUAUUUUAACCUACAUAGUGGAGUUUUCUCCUUCUGUCGUGAGAGAUUAUACUUUACAGCAAGCUAACAAUACUGAAGAGGAGCAAAUGUUGUUGAACAUUGUCAUAGAACAAAUGCUUCGUGACCGUGAUCCUGAACUUGGUGGAGCUGUGCAGCUAAUGGGUGUGCUACGUAUCUUACUCGACCCAGAGAGUAUGCUCGCAUCUGUGAACAAAAGCGAGAAGGCAGACUUCCUAAACUUCUUCUACAAACACAGCAUACAAACUCUGAUAGCCCCUCUCCUAGAGAACACAACUGGUGAGAAGCCACUAAAAGAAGACUACCACACUGUGCAGCUAUUGGGUCUGGUAUUGGAACUGCUAUCAUUCUGUGUGGAACACCACACCUACCAUAUCAAAACCUGCAUACUCAACAAGGAUCUCCUCCGUCGUAUACUGGUGCUGAUGAGGUCGACGCACACCUUCCUGGUUCUCGGCGCUCUAAGGUUCAUGCGGAAAAUAAUCGCACUCAAGGAUGAAUACUAUAACAGAUACAUUAUUAAGGGCAAUCUCUUCGCGCCAGUUAUUGACGCUUUUCUUAGAAAUAAUGGCAGAUAUAACUUACUUGACUCUGCUAUACUAGAGUUAUUUGACUUUAUUAGACUAGAAGACAUCAAAUCACUUUGUUCUCAUAUAGUUGAAAACUACGGUAAAAUUUUAGAAGACGUUGAAUACGUACAGAUAUUCAAGGCAUUAAAAACGCGGUAUGACCAACACCAGGACAAGUUGAAAGAGAGAGAUAGAGACGCGCUGCAAACCGGGACGAAUCCGAGGAAUCCGAGAGAGAUGGCCGCCUUAAUCUUAGCGCCGAUCGUUCCAGUGAGCGGCAGUGUGGGUGUGACGGAAGCUGUAGUUCCGUCUCUUUUGCGCACGAGGUACCGACGAGAGGCGCGCGCGCCGGACGACGAGGAAGAAAUGUGGUUCAACGACGACGACGAGUUGGAGGAUGACGCGCCGUUGGACGCAGCGCAGCCGCAUGCGCAUCACACGCUCGACGCCAUUGGGAAAAUAGUUGAAAAGAAAGUGUGCUCGAGCACCGAGACAGUGAACGGCCCUAGCAGGGUGCUCCUCAGCACCACCACUGCCCCCAAGCCCACGCACAGUGACGUUCAGGUAUCCUCGCCCAGAUUACUCAAUAAGGGUCUCGUGGACUACGACGGGGAUUCCGACGAAGAGGAGGAAGGGGGCGGCGGCGGCAGCAGCAGUAGUGGGGAAACCGCCGGCGCCGGCGCAGCAACAGGCGAAGAGAGAGACGCAAAGCGACCGCGACUCGCGUAGUCGGCGUCUCGCUCCCCCCGCCCGUUUCAAGGAAUAUAACCGAGCUCCUCCUGUCUCGCAGCGCUGUGCAUUACCCAGUGAAACGACGGAAUGCAGUAAGAUUUACGUAUACUAUUAUCACUCUAGCUCUAUGACGCGCGGCCCGUUUGGCGACAGUCGAGCGGCCGCGUGUGACGUCAUCGAGCCACUCCUCGUUCCGCACGUGAAAGCUUAAAGUUGAACAAAUGUCUAGGAUGGACCGUGUAGCCAAGCUCUUUCGCCUUAAAUGAAUUGUUAGAAUAAUAAACCUCGGAACGCUCACUUGGCCGGCGGCUCGCUAAGACCGACCGCCGAUCGAUUGAGUGUUCGCGAAAGUUUUCUCUUAAAUAAUUAAGUCAAUGAAAUGACAUUGUAGGGGUCUAAUUAUUUGGGUUCGAUUCAGUUUCUUGUCGAUAUAACAUAAUUUAAGAAAAUAAUAUUUAAAAAUGUGACAAUUGUACAUUUGGAAAUGUUUUUGGAGGCUUCGAAAAUGAUUUUCUUUGUCUUCUCAAAGUACUAAAACUGCUACAGUUAUUAUUAUUUAUUAAUUAUUUAUCAAUGCAUAUCUUAAAUAUUUGUGAAAGUGCAGGUAUUGAAAAUCGUUUAUCUUGUUUGAUACAAUAUGUUAUUGAGGGUUUUAAUAUGAACCCUGGACUGUCCAAUGUCCCCAGUUGGUUAUGUUCAUAUUUUAUGUAAAUAAUAUUGGAGCACUGCCACAUAGGUGUUGGGCUCUAAACUUAGUUAGUGUAUGAAUUACUUCAUACAGUAGUGUAAUUACUUUGAAUGGCAUCAGAAUGUAGAAUGUUGGUGACAAUGUGUAGAAAAAAAUAAUUUAACGGUUAGGUUAUUUUUCCGAUGGAUCGUAAUCACAAAAGUACAAAGAAAAUAAGAGUGGGAAUCAUACUUUUAAUAAUAAUAGUUAACAACAUUGUGAAUGCGAGGAAGUAAUGUUGACUAUGUACGUAUUUAUGUAUGAAACUUAUUUUUUUUUUUAUAAUCACAAGACCAAUCAAAUGUUUCGUCGUGAACUGUGCUGUGGAAUUGCUACUCAUUAGUGAUUUAAACUUUUUUGGAUGUUACUGUAAUAAUGUGAGACGUAUGUACUUUAUAUAAAGCUAUUUAACAUGUGUGUGGAUCAGUAUAAACAAUGAUACAAAAACGAUAUAAGGUUGUAUAGCACAAGAGUUGCGAGAGUGCAACAUUUCUUUGUGACAGGUUUUCUGUAACUUAUUAAUAUCUGGUAGCUUAAAUUUUGUCUAUUUCGGAAAUAAAUUCGAAAGGGUGUGUCAAUCAAAGAAUUAUAUCUUUUUGUUCCGAUAAAAUCAACACCUUUAAUCUAGAAGUCUUAUUUCUAAGCCUAUAAAUUUUGGUCAACUGUAGCAUACAAUUGAAAUGCACAUCAAACCAAUAUGAUUUAUUAUGAACCAAGACGUUGAAACCUUGGUUCACAUGCAUAUCUAUUCUAAAUUAUGCUAGAUAAUGCAUGUUGUAUUGAAUUACGAUGCGCAUUGCAAUCGCUUCACAUGAAACUUGCUCGGAAGAUCACUAUUUAUAGCUUCCAGUUGCGUUAAGAAAUGCCUGAAAACCGCGCCUGGUACAUGUUCUAAAUUUGUCGUACGCAAGCAAAGUUGAGUCUCAACGAGAGCGUUUAUGAAUCGAACAAUUGACAUCGAGUCAUUCUUAGUAAAUUUAUUUAUUCGCGUGCAAAUCACUUGUCACAAAAGUAUCACAUUAAAAUAAACCUUCAACGUAAUAUACCGUUCGUAACGGUCGAUAACGAUUGAAAUAAUUGCUCUCAAUGAGGACGUACCGUUUAUUAAACUAGCAAAUUACUAAACCGCGUUAUAUCGAGUCUAUUAAGUAAAUUGCGACUUGCGAAGGGGGCGUUAUGAGUAGCCAACCAGACGCUAGCUUCCCAUCACAGUCCGGUAAUAAAUACCUAAGAAUUCGAAUCUGUCAUUUCAUACCGGCUAACCGUUCGACCACAACUCAUCGUGGCGUAUUUAUACAUUCAUACUUUUUAUACAUUUGAUAAUAAACCCCGUCGCUCCGGUAGGUAAUCCUCGAUUUCGUUACUGGUUGGCUAACGUUAUUGGCCAAAUAAGCCGAAAAAAUACAAAGUAUAUUUAAAAGAUUUCAAGCCAAUAGGCAGCACCAGUAGUUUCUUUCUGUUUUCAUAAACUUGAAUAGAUAGAUUAUAUAGAAAAAUAUUCGGGCUUCUAUUGAUAUGUAUGUAUGUAUUUAUUUGCAUUCCUUUUCAUUAAUUUUUGUGCUUUUUCGAGAUAACACGCGAAUGAUGAGUUAGUUAUGCUACAAUAUGUAUUGAAAAUACUUAGCUAAUUAAUAUCAUCGUGAAGUCUUAUCUCUUAGAAGUACAACUCUUGUUGAAAGUAAAGAAAUAAACGUAUUAGUGAAACGUAAUACCUGUGGUAAAUUCUGUCUAACCAAACAAAGACUUUUUUUUUCUCUUUAGUCAAUGAAAAGGCAUAGUCAUCGUCGUUUCUGCGCUGUUUUUUUAUCUACUAUGGAGAAAAAAAGACAAAUUAUCAAUUUGUUAAGGCACAAUGAUUGAUACACAACUAAAUAAAUGCCAGUGUCAGUUAGGUAAUUUAUUAAAUAGACAUAUUUAUCUGGAUCUUAACGAGUAAUAAAAUGUAUGCGUUAGUAAUAAGGUGUAUUUUUGAGCACGAUAGUAUUUAAAUUAAAAUUAUACUAAUUUUUUUCUUAAAUAUUUGUUUCCUUUAGCUGUCAAUUAAAAAUUUGUUGCCGAUUUUUUAUAGCUGCUUUGGCGGUAAUUCUUGUUUUCAUCAACUGUUUGGAAAUAUGUUGUUUAAACUGUGUUUUGCAUUCUGUUUGUUGGCGUUUACGUUUUAUAAAGAUAUCUUGAUUUCCUUUAACUUUUUGGGAUCCAGAUUUGUAUGUAUAAUCAAAAUCACAGUAGGUAAUAUUGAUGUCUUGUUAGAUUUUGCUUCUUUCACGCGAGAUUGAUUUUGUGAAGGUAGAUUAAUUUAUGUGAAAAUAUGAUAUAGUGGUUGUGUUUAUUAGUGACUAAUGAUAGACAUGCAGCAUCUUGUGUUAUAAGAUUUAAUUAUGGGAAGUUGAGAAGUGAUUGACCGAUUGACCAGAUUUGGUAUAAAUACAUUGAAUUUAGAUUUAACAAACAAUAAAUUAAUAAAUCGUUAAGUUGAAUCCAUAUAAAAUUGUAAGUUUCAUUGAUUAAAUAAAUUGUCAGAGCUCGAGUAAGAAUAUUAUCCAGCUAAAUAGUCAAUGUUUGGAGAGGUUUGUUUAUUAUUAUACAUGCAUGAAGCAAGGAAAAUGAAAGCAGGCUUAUAGGAUUUUGGUUAGUUUAUUUCAUUUACAAGUUGUCUAUAAUCGAUAUGAAGGAAUUUUUGCUAUAUGAUUCUACUAGAGAAUAUCAGUAUUAAUUUUCUAUACUUUCAACAAAAUCGUUUUGACUGCUUAUGAUUAUAGCUUGGCAGGUGUAAUGUGUAUGUGAUAAAAUGUAUCUGAUUAAGAUCCACUUUAUUUUAUUACUGUGUUAACUUCUAGUUACUGUCAUUAUUUGUAAAUAAUAUUAGAUUUUGUAAAAAAAAGUACUACUUAUCUGGUGAUCAAUGUAAAGUACACACGGAAUAUCAACAAGGAAAUGCUUUCACAAUCACUUGUCGCCAGAAAUAAGUCGCAGGAGGCCAUAUGAAAUCCAUAGCGUGGGUGUAGUAACCGAUAUUGAUAUUUUAACAAUCGUAACUAAUGAUUAUGGGUAUCAUGUGGCCACGACAUGCUAUUAGUCUUUUUAAAGUGGUCCAAACUUUAAUUUCUACUAUCUUGAUAUAACUAAAUGUGUUUUGCAUUUAAACCAACGCGAACGGGACAUACAUAUUCUACGUCAUUGAUAUAGGGCGAUUCCAUUAACGACGUAAUAUGUGUGCUUGGAAAUGCUUUGACGUGGUCUAUGCAUGGCCCUUAUUACGUUCUUCCUAACAUGAAUACACAUACGAAUGAUGUGAAAAUUCGCCAACCGGGCUUGGUUCAACACAACAAAUAUUUUUUAAACGCUUCAACACACGAUUUAUUACUGAUUUUUAACGCCAUGUAACUUUUGUCUGAAAUAUUAACUUGAUAUUAUGUAAUGUCAAAAUAUCUGUACUAUUCUUCAGAUAAAAGUUCAGUGGCGAUGAAAAAUAGCUCUUCAACUAUCACCAAAAACAUCACGUGUCUCAAAGACACUACUGUCGUACAUAAGCUUUUAAAAUAUCGUUUUAUAUCAAAUAAAGAUUCUAUAUAAAUUAUUACUAUGCAUGAAAUUACGUAUAUAUUUUUCAUUCACGUAUAAUAAUGAUAGGAAAUAGAAUCGGACUACCAAUGCUGCUGUCGCAAAACACAUCGCCAAUCGCAUACUUUAUGUUCCUUUAAUUUCGCCUAACCGUUAUCAACAUCUAUUUUCUACCUGGCUUUAUCACACCUGAAAAUACAUAUCAAUUUUAAUAUGUAUCUGAAUAAACAUUGAUCUCUGUCUAAAACUAUUAUGUACAUCCUUACAAUUUGAGUAACAUACAUUUUGUAUUUUUUUAAUGAUGGUCACACUUCAUAAAAACGCUUUAAAACAAUUUUGGUUCAUUUAUAAGCAUUCACAAAAUGCACAGUAAAUGCGAGGCGAAUUAUUACAUGCGUGGGAUGAAUUUGACAGAAUAUAUUGUAAAUAUAAAACGUUUUAUGUAAUAAUUUUAUUUUGAAAUCUGCCAACAUCCACGUGUUUAAUAGCAUCGAGCUGUCAAUUAGAUUUAUACGAUUCUUAUUAUAUUCCUUGAAAUAACUUCCCCAUAAUUAAACGAAGUUCUAGGUGAAAGUAGACUGUAAUAAUGACUAUUUUUUAUCUGUCUAGGUGGGUGACCAUCUUAAACUAAUUUAUACACAGAUUAAAAUUAAAUAGAUUUACCUAUUGGCAAGUUGUGUAAAAUAAAUAAGCUUAAUGCUAUUAUUAUGAUGUCACUAGUUAAGUAAGCAAUAUAAUAUAAGAUACAAAAGUAA